CACCGACAAUGAUGGUAACAGUACAUUCUCUCCCCCAGCCCCUGUUGGCCAGGGCACUUUAUGACAACUGUCCUGAUUGUUCCGAUGAGCUGGCCUUCUCCAGAGGGGACAUCCUAACCGUUGUGGAGCAAAAUGUGCCUGAAAGUGAGGGCUGGUGGAAGUGUCUGUUACAUGGAAGGCAAGGCCUGGCUCCCGCCAACCGUCUCCAAGUGCUCAAAGACACCCCUGCAGACAGACCCUGUCCCCAGCUCCUGAGAGGCCUGGACACAGACCUCAGCGGCUCAGAGGCUCUUUAUCAAGUGCCCAGCUUGUUCUGCCCACCGCCCCCCGGCCCUGUGUACGAACCGAUGAAGAGCUGGGUGGAGGGGCUGCCGCCAGCUACUGCCCAAGUCUACAAAUUGCCUGACUCACCUUCCAGUGCCAGGAUUAUCUGUGAAAAGACUCUGAGCUUCCCCAAGCAGACACUCUACGUGCUUCCCAGACCUACAAGGGCCUCGCUGCCGACUCUGCCUUCCCAGGUGUAUGAUGUCCCUGUCCAGAACAGGGUCUCUUCGACCCUUAAGAAGCCAGAGAGACAGCACUUCUACGACAUACCCACCAGCUCCCAGAAGGCAGCAUGCCACUCCUCUGCCAGCCAGGGACAGAGUGUUGUGCUCACACCGACCACUGCCGUCAGACAGGGUGGAGGCCACAGCACGUUGUCCGGCCCUCGGAGAUCAGAAUGGACGGAUGACGCCACGCCAGUGUUGAUGGGAAAGGCCGAUGCCAGAAAUGUAUCUCUGACCAGCUUCACCCGAGAGCCAGGGUCCAUAGGAGCUGCGACCUUCCCCCCACAUCUGGGGGGCGCAGCUCAGGAGAACAGACUCCCAGAGGAGCCUUCCUAUGCUGUCCCGGCACCCAGGGACUCACUUCCUUCUGAUGGAGGCAGCAGCUACAGGGUACCUUCCAGGUUUCUCACUCCCAGAGUAGAGCAACAGAACACCAAGCCCUACAUUUAUGACACCCCUAAAGCUGUGCAUGGUGUGUCUCAGGCUGGGAAGGAGCUGGACAAAGUCAAAGAGGUCCCUGAGAGCAUCCCCUGGCUCUCCAGACACACAAGCUCCCUGUCUCCAGACUCAGACCAGUUAUCUGUUGCCAGCUCAGACAGCAGAGCUAGCAUGGUGUCUUCGUGCUCCUCCAUAUCCAUGGACUCCUCUCCGGGCUCCUCCUCAGAGGACUCAGCAAAAGAGCUGUGGAUGGACAUGGACUUUGCCAAAGAGACGGCAGUGGCCAUGCAGCACAAAGUCACCAGCUCUGCAGCGGGCCUGAUGCUCUUUGUAAGCAGGACUUGGAGGUUCAAGGACUCCUUGGAGACCAACAUCCACGCCAUCCGCAGGGCUGCUGACCACAUCGAGGAAGCCUUAAGAGAGUUCCUGGAUUUUGCCCAAGGGGUUGAUGAGACCACCCGUAAUCUCACAGACAGCCAGCUUCGGGCUAGGAUUAGAGAUCAGCUCCAAAUAAUCUCGGGUUCCUACCAGACUCUGCUGGAUGCCAAAGGGAGCCUGGACCGCUGCAAUUGGUCCCUUGGAGUUCUCGUGACGGACAAAGUCCAAAACAGCCUGGAUGAUCUGGAGAGGUUUGUCAUGGUGGCACGGAUGGUUCCAGAAGAUGUCAAGAGAUUUACCUCCAUUGUCAUUGCCAAUGGGAGGCUCCUUUUUAAACAGAACUGUGAGAAAGGAGAGACGGAGUUGAAGUGUAAACAAUGCAUCCAGCCUCCCCAAAGAGAAACUGAGUCAUACCUGAAGAGCAGCCCCUCCAAUAAACAAUUGGUGAAGGAAGAAUGCCUUGAGCAAGUGAAGAAAGACAGAAUGAAUGUCUGUGGACAGAAGCCACCUAACCUACAAGAGAAGGGAGAGCCCACCUUGGAACGAAGGCCCGAUGUAAACAAGGAUUUCCAUGCUUUGAGUCCUAGCUCUCUUACCUCUCCACGUCCCAGCCGGCAGGACGCAGACAGGAAGAUCCACCUGUCCGAGCACUGCAGGCUCUAUUUCGGAGCACUCUUCAAAGCCAUUGGCGUCUUUACCAGCAGCCUCAGCAACAGCCAGCCCCCCGAGAUCUUCAUCACUCAGAGCAAGCUGGUCAUCACAGCCGGGCAGAAGCUGGUGGACACGCUGUGCAAGGAGACCCAGGACAAGGAUGAACGCAACGAGAUUCUGUGUGGCAGCAGCCACCUGUGUGGACUGCUUAAGGACCUGGCGCUGGCCACCAAGGAGGCAGUGAUCAAGUACCCGAGCCCCAGUGCCCUGGGCUGCCUCCAGACAGAGGUGGAGAAACUAGAGCGUCACACUCGGAAAUUCAGAGAGACGCUGGAAUGAAGCCUUUCUAGUCUUUCUAGCGCCUCCUAGUUGACCUGUAGAGGUCAACUCCUGGCUAGCUUCACGCCCACAGCUGGUGCCUCUCUGUCCUGCGGGACAGCCAGGCAGGCGGGCUGAAACAGCACAGUCCUCAGAGCUGGUAUAGUAAGUGGCUAAGCCUCUGAAGGACACUGGCUGACCACAAGGAGGUCAAGAAAGAGGCAGGUGGACAAGUCGGGACCUACCUUGUGACGUUGAGCUCAGUGCCAAAGGGUACAGCACCAACCGUGGUGUUUUAGAAGCCACGUUUCCUGCCAGUCAAAUGCGUGUGUGGUUUACAGUCAUUCUACAUUUAUUUACUAGGCAGCACCUAAGGUCACAUUAAAGGGGCCGAAGUGACAGCAGCGUAUCGGGGCUCUGCCCUCGGAGUCAGUCCCACUGGGGAGACAGAUGAAAGGACAAAGAAAUGUCUGCAGUCUAUCCACUGCUAGGGAAGUUGGGGAAACAGGAGAAAGGAACUCAUUUCCCGAGUUUUAAUCUCUGUUGCAGUCCUUAGAAAACGUAAUGGCCUGCAGGGGCUGGUGGUGCCCGCCUUUAAGUAAGGAGAAGCGGGCAGAUCUUAAUGAGGCCAGACUGGUCUCUAGUGAGCUUCAAGAC